UCUCUGGGCUCCGGAGGGGUUCCACGCGGCGGGCUCGGCCUCCUCCGCCCCCCGCCCCCCGCCGGGGGCCGCCAGGAGGGACCAUGUCCACGGGCUCCCUGAGCGAUGCAGAGGACCUGGCCGAGGGGGAGAUGCUGGACUGCCAGGCUCUGAAGAGGGGCGCUCGCUCACCUCCUCCCGCCCACCACGAGAGCCCUGAGGAGGGCGCCAUGGGCGAGUUGGGCUCUCCGGCCAAGGCCCGCGGGGCGGCCGCGGGCAAGAGGAGGAAAGGACCGGGCAAGAAGAGCCCCCUGAGUGGCGUCGGCCAGGAGGGCAAGCAGGUCCAGAGGAACGCGGCCAACGCCCGGGAGAGGGCUCGCAUGCGCGUCCUGAGCAAAGCCUUCUCCCGCCUCAAGACCACCUUGCCCUGGGUGCCGCCCGACACCAAGCUCUCCAAGCUGGACACCCUCCGCUUGGCCUCCAGCUACAUCGCCCACCUGAGGCAGAUCCUGGCCAGCGACAAGUACGAGAACGGCUACAUCCACCCGGUCAACCUGACCUGGCCCUUUAUGGUUGCUGGCAAACCAGAGAAUGAGCUGAAAGAAGCAGUGAACACAACUCGGUUGUGUGGUCCUACAGCAUCCUGACCCUGGAUUUUCAAGCAUGUGAAUGCUAGUCUCCUAUGUGUACCUGCUGGCGUAUGUGUGUAUGUCUGCAUGAGUACGAGUGGGAAGAAUGGAAUGAAGAGGGAGACAACAUGAAAGAACUCUAAAGAUGAACAGAAGACCAAAUGCACCAUGCCAAAAACCAAAUCCACUACCCUGAAGAACAUAUAUUUAACUUCAUUAACUUGUAUAUAUUUGAGCAUCCUGCAAUGGGGCCUUGCUGGUUCAAGGGCUGUUCUCUGGAUUCAACCAGACUUUACUAUGUUCUACCUUUUUGUCCCCUACUUUGUGAAAGACACUGAUUCCUAGAAUCGCUUCUGAUAAUCACAUCUCUCUAAAAGAAUUACGUUAAAAGAUACUCUACGGAUAUAUUUUCUUCAAAUAGGUUUUGCUAUAUUUUCUGUGAAUAAAAAAGAAAUCCUUAACGGGAAAGAAAAAUAAGACCGAAUGAUUUCUUUUUAAAAAAUUGUUUUAAAAAGAGGAUUUUGUUGCUGAAAGACUAU